AGUUGCGCCAUCUGUCAGGAGCGGAGCCGGCGGGGAGGGGGCUGCCGCGGGAGAGGAGGAGGGGUCGUCGUGACCAAAGGCCGCCGAGACCCGCCCGCCGGCCGGCCGCGAAAGCAGAAGCAGGCUGCCCUCGGAGCCGCGCGUCCUCCAACGUCCGGGCGCGCGGCGCUUCAGCCAGCGCACCGAGAGCUCUCUGGGCACACACAAAGCCGCCGCCCGCGCCGCACCGCCCGGCGGCCGCCGUCCGCGCCAGGGAGGGAUCCGGCCGCCGGGCCGGGGACACCCGGCGCCGCCCCCUCGGCGCUCUCGGAAGGCCCACCGGCUCCCGGGCCCGCCGAGGAACCCCCGGAACCGCCUCGGCCGCGCGGGAGGAGGGCGGGGAGAAGACCAUGUGAAUGGGCUCCGGAGCCUGAGCGCCGCGCAGUUUUUUGAAGAAGCAGGAUGCUGAUCUAGACGUGGAAAAAGACUGGUCCAGCAGCUGUAUUAGAAGACAUGUGGUGUGUAUGAAGUUUGUGAUAGUCGGGGGAAAUUUUGGAAUUUAGAUAAUGGGCUGUGUGCAAUGUAAGGAUAAAGAAGCAACAAAACUGACGGAGGAGAGGGAUGGCAGCCUGAACCAGAGCUCCGGGUACCGCUAUGGCACAGACCCCACUCCUCAGCACUACCCCAGCUUCGGUGUGACCUCCAUCCCCAACUACAACAACUUCCAUGCAGCCGGGGGCCAAGGACUCACUGUCUUUGGGGGCGUGAACUCUUCAUCUCACACUGGGACCUUGCGUACCAGGGGAGGAACGGGAGUGACCCUGUUUGUAGCCCUUUAUGACUAUGAAGCACGGACGGAAGAUGACCUGAGUUUUCACAAAGGAGAAAAAUUCCAAAUAUUGAACAGCUCGGAAGGAGAUUGGUGGGAAGCCCGCUCCUUGACCACCGGAGAGACUGGUUACAUUCCCAGCAAUUAUGUGGCUCCAGUUGACUCUAUCCAGGCAGAAGAGUGGUACUUUGGAAAACUUGGCCGAAAAGAUGCUGAGCGACAGCUUUUGUCCUUUGGAAACCCGAGAGGUACCUUUCUUAUCCGUGAGAGUGAAACCACCAAAGGUGCCUAUUCACUGUCGAUCCGAGAUUGGGAUGAUAUGAAAGGAGACCAUGUCAAACAUUAUAAAAUUCGCAAACUUGACAAUGGUGGAUACUAUAUUACCACCCGGGCCCAGUUUGAAACACUUCAGCAGCUUGUACAACAUUACUCAGAGAGAGCCGCAGGCCUCUGCUGCCGCCUCGUAGUUCCCUGUCAUAAAGGGAUGCCAAGGCUUACCGAUCUGUCUGUCAAAACCAAAGAUGUCUGGGAAAUCCCUCGAGAAUCCCUGCAGUUGAUCAAGAGACUGGGAAAUGGGCAGUUUGGGGAAGUAUGGAUGGGUACCUGGAAUGGAAACACGAAAGUAGCCAUAAAGACUCUUAAACCAGGCACAAUGUCCCCCGAGUCAUUCCUUGAGGAGGCACAGAUCAUGAAGAAGUUGAAACAUGACAAGUUGGUCCAGCUCUACGCAGUGGUGUCCGAGGAGCCCAUCUACAUUGUCACCGAGUACAUGAAUAAAGGAAGUUUACUUGAUUUCUUAAAAGAUGGGGAAGGAAGAGCUCUGAAAUUACCAAAUCUUGUGGAUAUGGCCGCACAGGUUGCUGCAGGAAUGGCUUACAUCGAGCGCAUGAAUUAUAUCCACAGGGAUCUGCGGUCAGCAAACAUCCUAGUGGGGAACGGACUCAUAUGCAAGAUUGCUGACUUUGGACUAGCCAGAUUGAUCGAAGACAAUGAGUACACAGCACGACAAGGUGCAAAGUUCCCCAUUAAGUGGACGGCCCCCGAAGCAGCCCUGUACGGGAGGUUCACGAUCAAGUCUGACGUAUGGUCUUUCGGAAUCUUACUCACAGAGCUGGUCACCAAAGGAAGAGUGCCAUACCCAGGCAUGAACAACCGGGAGGUGCUGGAGCAGGUGGAGCGCGGCUACAGGAUGCCCUGUCCACAGGACUGCCCCAUCUCUCUCCACGAGCUCAUGAUCCACUGCUGGAAAAAGGACCCGGAGGAGCGGCCCACUUUCGAGUACUUGCAGGGCUUCCUGGAAGACUACUUCACCGCCACAGAGCCCCAGUACCAGCCUGGUGAAAACCUGUGAGACCUGGGUCUGCAGAGAGAGGCCUUAUCCAAGAGGCUUCCCCGCCCCCUCCCCAUUAGCUUUCAGUUCCGUAGCCGGCUGCUGCUCGAGCAGCGAGAGCCGUCCUGGAUCAGAUUGCAUGUGACUCUGAAGCUGACGAACUUCCAUGGCCCUCAUUAAUGACACUUGUCCCCAAAUCCGAACCUCCUCUGUGAAGCAUACGAGACAGAACCUUGUUAUUUCUCAGACUUUGGAAAAUGCAUUGUAUUGAUGUUAUGUAAAAGGCCAAACCUCUGUUCAGUGUAAAUAGUUACUCCAGUGCCAACAAUCCUAGUGCUUUCCUUUUUUUAAAAUGCAAAUCCUAUGUGAUUUUAACUGUCUUCACCUGAUUCAACUAAAAAAAAAAAAGUAUUAUUUUCCAAAAGUGGCCUCUUUGUCUAAAACAAUAAAAUUUUUUUUCAUGUUUUAACAAAAACCAAUCAGGACAGGUGUUUGGUUUUUUUUUUUCUUUUUUAUAAAUAUGAAUAUAUAUAUAUCUGUCCCUGUACAUACACCACGUGGGUGCUAAUGUGGAGACCAUGGCCAACCCGGGCCAUAAAGCUUCGGGACCCAGAGUGAGGAUUUUACUGCCAAAUCUGCGUAAAAGCCCUGGUAUUACUCUGCACACCAGUGGCAUCCUUUUUGGCUUUUGCAAAGCAUGAUCCUUUUUUUUUUUUUUUAAUUUAGAUUGCACUUUUUUGGUUCAUGAUUGUACCUGUAGAUGGCCGUUACUUUGAUUCUUUUCAAAAGCAGCUCCAGAGCUGGAUUCACAAGUUCUGUUUCCAGUAUUUGCUUUGACUUAACUGCAAUUUGGUCUUGAAACCUAAAAGCGUGUUUAAGCAAGCCAACAGCCAGUAGCACCAGGGGAACUGGAAGGUGGAUAACCACACGUACUUCUUGUACAAAAAUAUGAAUGCUGAAAUGUUUCAAACUUUUUUUUUUUUAUUUAAUAAACCUUGUAACCACAUUUAAAUGGUCUAAAACCCAUAGCGUUAUAGUCUUGGCAACCUGCUAAACUUUCUCAUGCAACUAAAACUUGGGGGGGGGUGGGGGGUUGUACAUUUCCCAUUGUAAAAUAAGUGUUUAAAACAUCCUGUACUGCUAAUGAAAUGACUUUCUAUAUGUCCAAGAAGUCUCCGGUGGAAUAACUAUGCACUACUUUACAUUUCAUGGGGAUGCACCAAAAAAAAAAAAAAAGAAAGAAAGAAAGAAAGAAAAAGGAAAAAAAAAAAAAGUACUACAUUUUUAGUUGCUGUUUGUACCAACCUUGAAUUACAUGUUUAACAACAAAUCAAAAAACCUAUUUCUAUUAAGUUUUUAAUACUGGGUAGCAACUCUGAAAUCUUAAUUCCUUUUUUUUGUUAUGAUUUAUUUGUGAGUUUACAUUUUUAAAUUGUUUAACUUUCUUAAUUUAGUAAUUAAAAAGAGAGCAUUUUACAUUUGAA